GGUGGGCCGGGGGCGCCAGGCCCUUGGGCGAUCUUGCAGGGGGGUCUGCCUCCCUAGUCUCUCCUCUUCUGGUCUGCCUUUGGGUGGCCCCCACCCAACUCCCCCCAAGCCUCUGUCAUUCUCCUGAUGACCUGCGUGUUUCUCACCCCAUCUGCGCCUAAGCAGGAGGGCAAGAAAGGAUUUCUGUGGAAAGGAGUCUCUUUACACACUGCUGACAUGAGGCUCUCCAAGUGGCAACUUACACUCCGUAGUACAGCUGGCAAGGAAGAAGACCCCAAGAACCUUUCAGAUGACCUUGCUUCUGGUAGUUCUUCUUGGAGUGCUGGUCUACAGACAUUUCUUUUUUUUUUCUUGAGACUCUGCGUCCUCUGUUCAAAUGAGGUUUCAGCUCGCAAGGAUGUGGAGAAAGAGAAGGAAACCCACAAUUACCUCAGCAAAGAGGAAAUCAAAGAGAAAGUUCACAAGUACAAUUUAGCAGUCACAGACAAGCUGAAGAUGACCUUGAAUUCAAAUGGGAUUUACACUGGCUUCAUCAAAGUACAGAUGGAACUCUGCAAACCAUCACAGACUUCCCUGAACCCUGGAAAAUUCGCUCCCACUAGCAAUGGCUGUAUGAACACGCUUCAUAUCAGCAGCACCAACACUGUCGGGGAGGUGAUCGAGGCCCUGCUCAAGAAGUUCCUUGUGACCGAGAGCCCUUCCAAGUUUGCACUUUAUAAGCGAUGUCACAGGGAAGAUCAAGUCUACGCCUGCAAGCUCUCGGACCGGGAACAUCCACUCUACCUGCGUCUGGUAGCAGGGCCCAGGACAGACACACUUAGUUUUGUUCUUCGUGAACAUGAAAUUGGAGAGUGGGAAGCCUUCAGCCUGCCCGAGCUCCAAAACUUCUUGCGGAUCUUGGACAAGGAAGAAGAGGAGCAGCUACAGACCCUGAAGGAGCGCUACGCGGUCUAUAGACACAAGCUGGAGGGAGCCCUGAGCCAGCUGUGGAAACCCGGGUAACGCGCGGGCCCUGCCCCUCGGGGACGGGACGGCGUGGGACCUGCGUGCACACCGGCCGCCUGUGUCCCUCUUGUCGGAGGGCGGUUUCCUUGCCCCAUGAUGCCAGCGCCUCCCCCCUUGAAGAAUCUCUAGGUCUAGUUCCCCAGAGUGCUCACGCGGCGUCCUCUGCAAGGGACUCUGCAAGCUUGUUCUGUUCGGCACUGCGGUGUUACCUCUUGGCAAGCUGUGAAACUAGUCUCAUCUGGAGCCUUCGAGAGCGCUUUGAAGCAUGGACUCUGGGUUGGUUCCCCCCACCCCCUUGUUUUCUUUUAGUUAUUUUAAGUAUGUGAUGAUGAUGUUAAUUAAGCUUAAGGUUGUGCAAAUGAUUUUUUAAAAGCUUAACCAGGAAUCUGUCUGAAUACUUGUCCUGUGUUGAAACUACCUGUCUUUUUUUUUUUUUCUUAAAUGUCAGAGGAAGUGAUCCGUGUGAAUUGAAGGGCACGGGAAGCUAGGAAAUCUGAGGAGUUGGUGAAGGAAUUUGGAGGAGUCUGACAAAGAAAGGAAAGAGCAAGUUUGGAAGAAGGCAAGAGUAGGGGUGGCGAGCCCUGGGGGAAAGUGGUUUGGACGGUGAGUGGGUGGGUGGUAGAGGAGGAGAAUUUGCUUGUGAACGAGUUAAAAGCUUUUUCAGUUUAGCGAUGUUAAACCCAUGGUCAUAUUGCUUGAUUUCCUGGUGAGUAAGAGGUGGGAACAGAACCAAAGAAAGUAGGAGCUGGGCCAACAGGAGGGACUAAGUGCGGCUGACCCAGAGGACCCGGCGUGCAGAUGGGUGCAUGUUCCAAACGGGACAGAGCUGCCCCCUGGGCGGACCGGCCCCGGUCUGCCUUCUCUCCUACGAGCAGAAGGUCUGACUUGCGUGGCUUCUCUGGCCAGUGGGCAGCGAGCAUGUGCUACAACUCCUGUGAAGUUACUGUUUUCCCCUGAGAAUGCUUUCACAGUGGGAAAGGAGUUUGGGGAGGAGGCAACUAUUUCCCCCUGAUUGUUGGCCUGGGGAUUUGUCAGGUGAGGGGCGCCCAGCACACUUUUGUGACAAUCACGCCCUCCUUUCCCUGUUUUCUUUUCCUCCCCUCCCCUCCCCUCUCCCUCCUUCCCUCUCACCUCUUUCCCUUCUCACUUUGUCUUAUACAUUGAAGUCUGAUCUUACAUAAUGUAGAACAGGGCUAUGGAUUAAAGACCCAGGACCUUCAGAUCCUCAGUCCAAAGGGUGACCUGACUGUAAGGAGGACGGCGGCAUCCCGGACCGCACAGGAGGGGUUCUCGAUGGAAACUUUUUAACUAAAGAGCUUGUUCCUGCAAAACCAAAGAAAUGAGAGUGCAAUAGAAGCCCUCCUUAAAGCUGGUUAAAUAACUGCCUUUUACGCAGCAGUUAAUCUGAAAACAACAGGAAAGGUGUGCUGUGGUUCUCCAGGGGCCUUGCAGUCUACUUUCAGUCUCGGUAUUGUUUGUUUAUAAAUUCCCAAGGAAUUGUUAACACUUUGGUGACACCUAAUGGAUUCUUUAUGAAAUUCCAAGGUGCUUCAGUUCUUUGCUUCUUAACAAAACGGUGCCUUUUAAAAAAAUUGCAUUUCUCUUCCCCUCUUGGUGGCUCUUCUGACUUUUCAGAGAGCACCUGUCCUGUUGGAGGCAGAUGGAAGUGUCGCUUAUGCUGUGCCACACACGUUACUGAGACAAUCGUAUCUUCCUAAGCUUUUUAAGGAAAGUUGGAAAGAAAAAAAAAAAGUAGAACUAGCUAUAAAAUAUGUAGGGCACAUCUUGUUUAAUUUUGCAUGUGACUUCUUUUUAGUGCGUCAAUGAGGUUUUAGUGACGUUGCCACCCAAAACUUUACCUUCAUUGUUCAGGGAAUGCCUUCAUGGUUUUUAUACUGGUUUUACUAUUCAGACUAUGGCUUGGGUGUGAGUAUACUGUUAUCCACCACCUGGUCUUUUAAUUACCCAUCCUAGUAAGCUCAUAUUUGGUGAAGCCUUUGUUUCUCAGAUUAAGACACUGUUAGAACCUAAAGUAGUAGCUGAUGGGUAUCUGUGAAUUUUUUUUUCUUUUUUUACUUGAAAUAGAUCGUCUGAAUUAGGCAUCCUCAUCUGUAUCAUCCAGGACCUCGCUCAUUGUCACGUGCACUGCAUGUUGCGAUUUGGAAAACUUACUGUGUUGAAAUUCUGUCAGUUUGUGGUUCUUGAAGACUGACGGUCUCUCCCAAACACUGGUGACUGCAGCAGCAUUUUUAUUGUGUAAAAGGCCACUGAGGCCAAAGAUUAAAAAAAAAAUCAUUGUACAAAUUCUUAUGUUAAAAUUAAACUAUUGAAGCUUUGCUGUAAUACUGUUUUCUCUUCAGUAUGUGAUGGUACAGGAAAGAGUUAAGUUUAAAUGAAGGGGUAGUAUUGCAGGGGAGCAUUUGAAAUUGCAGAAGUAGAAAAAAAAUUAUAAUAUUUAUAAUUUUGAUGAGUUUAAGUUUAUUUUUAUGGGAAGAUAUUUCUUCCCCUGAAAUUGUUUCUGGAAUGGCAAGUUGUUUCCAUUAUUAAAAGUUGAAGUUGUUAGUUGAUGUUUGUGUGUUUUUAUUUAUGGUGAUAAUAUGCUAGAUAAAAGGUCACAGGAGUGGGAGAAGCUGCUUUUGUGGAGAUACUGAUGGGGAGAGGGGAGAAUGUGACAGUUUUCACUAGGUUUGAAUAGGGCACAUUUGUUCUCCCAAAUGUCAUUUUUCCUUUGCCUUGUCCUCUGGGAAAAAGAGUAUCCGUCUGUGUGACACAUAUCUAAAACAAUUGUUUUGUAAAAUAUACAUAUAUUUACAAGUGUGUAAUGCGUGUGAACGGUUUAAGGAAUUACUAUAAAGUGGCUGCCAUGUGACCACUACCAAAAUAGAACAUUGUCCCUUUCUUAGAAAUCCUCUUCCUUCACCCCCCAUUCCUGCCGAGGUCUCCCAUCCCUAAAACAGACCGCUUGCAACAUUGUAAAGUAUCCGUGUGUUUUGGUCAGUGUGACUGUCUCACACCAGAUGGGUGCACGUUUCUCCUCUUAGGCCCCCACGCCUGCUGCUGGCAAGUGUUUUUAGCACUGCGCUGCCCCCUAGAGGCGCGGGUGAUACAGGAGCGAGGCUGACCGGCCCGUGAAGGAGAACACACUGCAAGUACUGUAGCUGCUUUAUAGGUGAAAAUAAUGAUGAUGGAAAUGACGGCUCUGUAUAGAUCUUUUUCGUCAAAAUAUCCAGAAGAAUCCAGUUUGGACGUUCAGCCCAAGGUGCAGUGGGAAUGUUUUGGAAUUUUUAUCCUUAAAGGAAGUUAGCUUCCUGUCCUAGGCUUCCUUUCAGAAUCUGUCACCAGUUGAUAAUUGUUUAAGUGACUGUUGUUAUGUUGCAAAAUUAUUUCUUAAGGAUUGUACACUUUUGGGGCUCUGUAGGUAAUUCUAAUUAAAAGUGUUGUGUUUUUGAAAGAAGGG